AUGACAAAUUCUUAUUACCACAUGAUACGCGGGCAUAGGGUCACACCAUUUCCAUACAGGCGCUCUCUCCGACGCAAGCGAAACGAGCUUCGUCCACCUCCCCACUCAAUCAAUCAAAGAAGAAGGAAGGCAUGGACCGCACCUACAAGGGCGGCAUCAAGGCGUACUGGAAGCGCCGGGGCUACUACCGCAUCGACGCCGCCGCGGCGCAUCGACGCCGCCGCGGCGCAGCGCCGCCCGCCACUCCCCACCGCGGAGCUCGGAGGCGGUGGCGUCGCCCAGGCCCCGGAGGUUGGCUCCGGCCGGCGCCAUCGCCGUCGCCGCGGGUGGCGCGUGCGGCGCGGCCAGCUGGGGCGGCGGCUGCUCUCCGCGCUGUCGCCGCGCCGGUGGCUCAUGCGGCUCUGCGACGCCUACGUGUCCGCCAUGCUGCGGCUGGCGUCCUCCCCCGCCGUCGUUGGGUACGGCGCCGGCGGGCCCUACUGCGCCACGGCGACCCACGGCCACGGAGCGGCCGUGCAGCUCAAGGAGUACGACGAGAAGGUGCUGGUGGAGAUCUACAGGUCCAUCCUCGCGCGCGGCGGGCCUCUCCCCAUCGCCGGCGACGGCGCCGGUGCGCCGGCCGCCGCCACGCUACGGCUACCGACGGCUGUUUGA